CACCCGCCGACGAGUUACCAUCCAGAAAUGAUCACCAUUGUAGGAACAAAUCUAGAGGUCGGCCCAGAUUCCAUGCAAAUAACCUGCCCAACAUGUCACUCAAUGGUACAAACGACGGUGAAGCGUGAAUCGACGAAUUCAACACAUCUCUGGGCACUGGUGCUGUGUAUCUUGUGCUGUCCUUUAGUGUGGCUGCCAUACUUUUGCAACUCGUGCCAAGACGCCAACCAUUACUGUCCCAAAUGCAAUACGUUCAUCGGUUCUUACAAACAUUAAGGGGAUCAUCAGCUCCAGCCAUUGAUCGAUCGAUGCUGGCCUGUUGUAGCUCACACUGGUUAUUUCGAUACGGUUUUGUAUUUAACUAAGGAAUACA